CGCUGCUUGGCAACAUCGAGAAUGAGCACGAUCGUCUGUCCGGGCCAGCGCCUGGCAAGUGUGCGGGAGCUCCAAGCCUCGUCGGGAACAUAUCAUAGAGACGGCCAGGUCUACGCUUCCAUCGUCGGAACAAAGGAAGUCGACGAAGAUGCAUCAAAGGACGAGCUCCCUACCGUUCGAGUUGUCCGGAAGAAAGAUGCGUCGUCUGUUCCCGAAAUCGGAUCGAUGAUCACUGGAAAGGUCAUUAGAAUCAACCCGCGCUUCGCGACGCUCAGCAUCAUGAUUGUCGGCUCAGUGCCGUGCAGGGAGAAUUUCCAGGGCAUCAUCCGUGUGCAGGAUGUCCGUGCCACCGAGAAGGACAAGAUUCAGAUCUACAGAUCCUUCCGUCCUGGUGACAUUGUUCGCGCACAGGUCAUUUCCCUCGGAGACGCCAGAUCGUACUAUCUGUCGACGGCACUGAACGAAUGCGGCGUUAUUUUUGCCCAAAGCGUUGCCGGACAUACUAUGGUCCCCAUCUCGUGGGAGGAAAUGAUUUGCCCGUACACAAAGGUUGUCGAGCACCGCAAAUGCGCCAAGCCCACUGCAACAUGAGCCAAUCUGCGAGUGCAAUGCCGGGCGGAAAAGCGGUAUCCGAUACGAGCGCAACCAUCGUGCACAUCCCUGACCAGAGUCACAGGAUAUUCCAACGGAGCUUGCCGACACUUGGAAGAAAGCCGCCUACGCUGCUACGGUUGCGAAUCCGAUCCACGCAUUGCUCGGGCCGUAGCUGUGUUUCCCCGUGGAUAUCGCUCUCGAUCAUCACUCGCGGCCAUUUCUCGGGAGCAUGUGUUCGAAUAUACUGGGUCGAUCUAUAGACUUGCAA